AUUAUACCCUCUGUGGAGAGAGAGGGAGAGAGAGUUUUGCUUUACAUUCCCUGCAGCAGCAGCAGUAGUACUGCUACUGCUACUGCACCUCCUUUACUGUGUCUUGAUUUUAGGGUUUUCCUUUUUUGCACUCUUUUUCAUUCAGCAACAAGAAAUCAUAGACUUAGAUAUAUAUAAAUGGGGGAGGAGUGAGAUGGAGAAAAAUCAUGGCUCCAAACAUGAGCACCUUAAAGAAGAAGAAAGGAGAAGAUAUAUAUAUGUAUCCAUAUAAUUAAACACACACACUACACACAUAUAUAUAUAUAUAUAUCUAUAUAGCAGCAGCAGCAGCAGCAGCAGCAGCUUAGUUCCAUUUUCUUCUGAAGAAAGAAAACCCUUUUCUAGAAAUAAUUAAGGGGAAAGUAGGUUGUCUUCUUGCAGUUGGAAUUGCUGGGAUUUGCAAAUCAAGAUCCAGUUAAUGAGGACAUUUUAGAUGAAGCAAAGCAGGAACAAUUAGCUAGCAGAAGAUGAUGGCUUCUUCCAGUUCCAGCAGUGGCUAUUCAAACCCUCCCUGCGCUGCCUGCAAGUUCCUGAGGCGAAAAUGCCUGCCCGGCUGCAUUUUUGCUCCCUAUUUUCCUCCAGAGGAGCCCACUAAGUUCGUCAAUGUACACAAAAUCUUCGGCGCCAGCAACGUGAGCAAGCUGCUGAACGAGAUCCCCCCUCAUCAAAGAGAAGAUGCUGUCAAUUCUCUUGCAUACGAAGCCGACGCCCGGCUCAAAGAUCCUGUUUAUGGCUGUGUUGGAGCCAUUUCUGUUCUGCAAAGGCAAGUCCUUAACCUUCAGAAAGAACUGGACGCUACCAACGCUGAUUUAAUGCGUUUCGUCGGCAAUGAUCAUAACCCGUAUCAUCCUGAUCCUGCUCAUGUUUCCAUGAACCUAAUCAUCAACAGCAAUCAGCAGAGAAGUGGUAAUAGCAGUAGAAAUUAUGGACAUGGGUUUGGGAGGAGAGUGGAUUUUGGAUCGGGUUCUUUCGACCCGAACUCAGGGUUUUCUCCAUAUUCUUCUUGCCCAUGGAAUACUGGGCAUCCAGGGGAUCAAGGGCCUGAUGCAGGUGGAGAUAGCUGCAGCAGCUAAGUACCACGAUCAUCAAUUAAGUUCAUCAUGUAUGUAUUGUACAUACUAUAUUUAAUUUGCGAGGGGACAUGAUAUAUAUCAUCAUCAGGGGGAACUCCAUCCAGCAAUUUCCUUCAAAUGCUAAGCCAUGAUUAAUUUGGAUCGCUAUCAAUACUAAUUAUGGUAUAAUAUUUAUUAAUGUAGAACAACUUGUUACUAGAUAUUGUUGUUCGGGCUAUAGUAUAUAUUUCGUGUGUAGUUAGACAUAUGAGACAUCAUUGUCGUGAUGUAUUUUACUAGAAGAGGUAUGUAUAUGGUGAUGGAUCUUCGACAAUAUAUAUAUAUAUAUUUCGAUCUUGGGUUUCAAUAAUGA